AUGAAAAAGUGCUAUUUUGAGCCAUUUUUUGAUAAAAAACUUCCUCCCGAUUUUCGAUCCCACCCAAUGGUACAAUUUACCCCAUUGAACUUUGCAAAUAUGCUCUUCAACACUAAAUCAGCAAGAGAGUAUGUGAUACAAUAUCGAGAACCACUUUACAACCAACAGUAUGCUUCGAUACGUGAAAGAAAAAGGUUUCAUUUCUUACCAUUGGGAAUCACAGUUGCUGUAAUCAUGAUAUACAUACGGUGUAUUUACAGAGUGGUGGAAUUAGUCCAAGGUUUUGGAGGCCACUUGAUGAUACACGAGGUGUAUUUGAUGACAUUGGAUGCGUUGAUGAUUGCAAUAUGUGGAUUUAUUUUCUUUCCGUUGCACCCAGUAUGGACCUUUGGCCCAGAAAAUAUCAUCAUGAGGAAGACAAUUCACCAGAACAAAGACCAACAGAUACAAGAUGCGGAAAAGGCAGCAGCAUGGUAUGGAAGGUUUUUAAAAGACCAUUCUUGA